CCAGUCGGGAAAGGGCUGGACCCAAUCUCCAUGUGAGGGCCAGGCAGAGUGACGCCAGGCGCUCCCCUGAGAAGUUGGGGUGUCCUACCCUGCCUGGGUCGGAUUCCCAGGAUUCCAGUGAUCCUGAGCCCAGGAUUGCAGGGUGCCCCCCUAUUCCUAGAACCCAAUCCGGCUCUGCAGAUCCUCAGGACCUCGAAAGUUUGCGCUAAGAGUUCUCUCUGGACUUCAGAUUUACGGAACAAGAUCCCCAGAUCCCGGAGGAGAUCCUUGGAUCCCGGCUGCAUCCACCGCCCCAGACUUGUGCCCGGCCCCGGGUUUCUCGCGCCCGGCGCCCCGCUCCUGAGCGCCCUCGCAUGGCGGGGCCGUGCCCCGGGGCCGGAACUUUGGAACGCGCGGGCAGCUGCUGGCAGGACCCGCUGGCCGAGGCGUUGAGCCGGGGACGACCGCUCGCGGCGGCUGCAGGCCGGGGCUGUGCGCGGAGUCGGCCGCUCAGCGUGGUCUACGUACUGACCCGGGAGCCUCGGCCCGGGGUGGAGCCCGGGGCUGGAAGAGAGGCCGAGCCGCUGCCCCUGCGCUGCCUGCGGGAGGCCUGCGCGCAGCUCCCCAGCACGCGGCCGCCCCCGCAGCUGUGCAGCCUGCCUUUCGGGACGCUGGCGCUGGGCGACACCACCGCCCUCGACUCCUUUUACAACGCGGACGUGGUGGUGCUGGAGGUGAGCAACUCCCUGGCACAGCCCUCCCUGUUCUACCACCUCGGUGUGCGUGAGAGUUUCAGUAUGACCAACAAUGUACUCCUCUGCUCCCAGGCUGAACUCCCUGACCUACAGGCCCUGCGUGAGGAUGUUUUCCAGAAGAACUCGGAUUGUGCUGGCAGCUACACACUGAUCCCUUAUGUGGUGACAGCCACUGGCCGCGUGUUGUGUGGUGAUGCAGGCCUCCUGAGGGGCAUGGCCGAUGGGCUAGUACAGGCUGGGGCCAGCACUGAGGCCCUGCUCACACCCCUGGUGAGCCGGCUUGCCCGCCUGUUGGAGGCCACACCCACAGACUCUUGUGGCUAUUUUCGGGAGACCAUUCGGCAGGAUAUCCGGCAGGCUCGGGAGCGAUUCAGUGGACAGCAGCUACGGCAGGAGUUGGCUCGCCUGCAGCGGAGACUGGACAGUGUGGAGCUGUUGAGCCCUGACAUUAUCAUGAACUUGCUGCUGUCCUACCGAGAUGUGCAGGACUAUUCAGCCAUCAUUGAGCUGGUGGAGACCCUGCAGGCUUUGCCCACCUGUGAUGUGGCUGAGCAGCACAAUGUCUGCUUCCACUACACAUUUGCCCUCAACAGGAGAAACGGGCCUGGGGACCGGGAGAAAGCACUGGCAGUGCUUCUACCAUUGGUACAGUGCGAGGGCUCUGUAGCACCAGAUCUGUACUGCAUGUGUGGUCGCAUCUACAAGGAUAUGUUCUUCAGCUCUGGCUUCCAAGAUGCUGGGCACCUGGAGCAGGCCUAUCACUGGUAUCGCAAGGCUUUCGAUGUGGAGCCUAGUCUACAUUCGGGCAUUAAUGCAGCUGUGCUUCUAAUUGCGGCUGGGCAUCACUUUGAAAACUCUGAGGAGCUCCAGCUGAUAGGCAUGAAGCUGGGCUGCCUACUAGCUCGAAAAGGCUGUGUGGAGAAGAUGCAGUAUUACUGGGAUGUGGGUUUCUACUUGGGAGCCCAGAUCCUUGCCAAUGACCCCACCCAGGUGGUGCUGGCUGCAGAGAAACUGUACAAGCUCAACGCUCCUAUAUGGUACUUGGUAUCAGUGAUGGAAACCUUCCUGCUCUACCAGCACUUCAGACCCACACCAGAGCCCUCAGGAGGACCCCUGCUGCGAGCUCACUUCUGGCUUCAUUUCUUGCUACAAUCCUGCCAACCUUUCAAGACAGCCUCUCCCCAGGUGGACCAGUGCCUGGUGUUGGUCCUGGAGAUGAACAAAGUGCUGCUCCCUGCAAGUCUUGAGAUUCAGGGUUCAGACUCAGUGAGUGCAGUGACCUUAAAUUUGCUGGAGCCAGAGACCCAGGAUGAUCCUUCCAGCUGGACCCUCCCAAUUGCCUCCAUCUGCGGGGUCAGCUCCUCCAAGCUGGAUGAGCGCUGCUGCUUCCUUUACGCACUUCCUCCGGCCCAGGACGUCCAGUUGUGCUUUCCCAGUGUUGAGCGCUGCCAGUGGUUCUGCGGCCUGAUCCAGACCUUGGUGACAAAUCCAGAUUCUUUGGUGCCCACUGAGGAGACAGAGGGUGUAAGGGAGGUGCUGGAGUUUGAUUAUGAAUACUCAGAGACUGGUGAGCGGCUGGUGCUGGGCAAGGGCACAUAUGGGGUAGUGUACGCAGGCCGUGAUCGACACACGAGGGUACGCAUUGCUAUCAAGGAGAUCCCAGAGCGAGACAGCAGGUUCUCUCAGCCCCUGCAUGAAGAGAUCGCUCUUCACAAACGCCUUCGCCACAAGAAUAUCGUGCGCUAUCUGGGUUCAGCCAGCCAGGGUGGCUACCUCAAGAUCUUCAUGGAGGAAGUACCUGGAGGCAGCCUGUCCUCCUUGCUUCGGUCAGUGUGGGGACCCCUAAAGGACAAUGAGAGCACUAUUAGUUUCUACACACGGCAGAUCCUGCAGGGACUCAGUUACCUGCAUGAGAACCGCAUUGUGCACCGAGACAUUAAGGGGGACAAUGUACUGAUCAACACCUUCAGUGGACUGCUCAAGAUUUCUGACUUUGGCACCUCCAAGCGACUGGCAGGCAUCACACCCUGCACCGAGACCUUCACAGGGACUCUGCAGUAUAUGGCCCCAGAAAUCAUUGACCAGGGUCCCCGAGGAUAUGGGAAGGCAGCUGACAUCUGGUCGUUGGGCUGCACUGUGAUUGAGAUGGCCACAGGUCGCCCACCCUUCCAUGAACUAGGGAGUCCGCAGGCUGCUAUGUUCCAGGUGGGCAUGUACAAGGUGCAUCCACCAAUGCCCAGCUCUCUGUCAGCUGAAGCCCAAGCCUUCCUCCUCCGAACUUUUGAGCCAGAUCCCCGACUCCGAGCAAGUGCCCAAGAGCUGCUGGGAGAUCCCUUCCUGCAGCCUGGAAAGAGGAGCCGCAGCCUUGGCGCUCCUCGCCAUGGGCCCCGGCUGUCAGGUGCUCCUUCAGCUGGUUCUAGUCCAUCACCUGUCUCAGCCACCCAGUCCCAGACAUUCCCACGGCCCCAGGCACCCUCUCAGCACUCACCCAGUCCCCCAAAGCGCUGCCUCAGUUAUGGAGACACCAGCCAACUCCGGGUGCCUGAGGAGCCCGCAGCCGAAGAGCCCGCGUCCCCGGAAGAGAGUUCGGGGUUGAGUCUGCUACACCAGGAGAGCAAGCGCAGGGCCAUGUUGGCUGCGGUACUGGAACAGGAGCUGCCCAUGCUGGCGGAAAAUCUUCUAGAGCAAGAACAGGGUUCCCGCCUGAGCAGGAAUCAUGUGGACCAGCUGCUUCGCUGCCUCAGGGCACACAUCCACACUCCCAACCGCCGGCAGUUGGCCCAGGACCUGCGGGCGCUGCAAGCGCAGCUGUGGGCCCAGGGCCUCGGGCCUGCGCUUUUGAAUGGACCACUAUUCGCCUUUCCAGACGCGGUGAAGCAGAUCCUCCGAAGGCGCCAGAUCCGCCCACAUUGGAUGUUCGUGCUGGACUCGCUGCUCAGCCGCACCGUGCGUGCGGCACUGGCGGUGUUGGACACAGACGUGGAGAAGAAAUUGGUCUCACCGAGGUCAGAGGAAUGGAGUAAAGAAGGGGCUUCUCAGCAGAAGCAGCAGGAGAGCCAGCUUCUGCAGAGCCCGCCGGAGCCAGAACAGAAGCUUCCACCUCUGAUAGUGCAGUUAGGACUCUUGAGAGCUGAGACUGACAGGUUUCGAGAUGUCCUGGCUGCGAAGGAACGGGAGUGCCAGGCCCUAGUGCACGAGGCACUACAUCGUGUGAAUGAAGAUGCCAGGAUUUAUGCCCUGGCUUCAGAGCUCCCGGCCUCUCUCCCAAAGGACCAGAGCCUGGUACAGUGGCUACAGGAACUAAGUGUUGACCCAGCCACCAUCCAAACGCUGGUGAACCACAGCUUCACCCUGAAAGCCCUGCUCACCUGUGCCACUCAAGAUGACCUCCACUACACCCAAAUCAGGGGAGGGAUGGUAUGCCGAAUUUGGAGAGCUAUCUUGGCACAGCGAGCAGGAUCCAGACCAGUUACCCCGGGACCCCGGGAGGCUGAGUGAGUACAUCAGAGGCAGGACACAUCCAUGGAUGGAUUAAUGGAGAAGAUACAAACAGCUUCUAACAUACCUGUCCCAGGACCCAGAAGCAACUCCAGAGCCCAGGCCUAGCCCCAGUGGGUAGCACUAACUACUGAGGCACCCAAGCACACUACAUACAACCAAAGGCUAUUAAAAAAAAACCACUUCA